GUCGGCUACUUCCACGGGUUCAUAGACGGCGUGGACUAUGUGUUUGUGGACCACCCCUGCUACCACGCGCACGCCAAGGACAUAUACGGCGGAGAGCGCGCAGACAUCCAGUUCCGGCCGGGCGAGGCGGCGGCGCCCCAGCGGCCGGAGGCGGGCUCGUGCGCGCUGCUGUGCAAGGCGGCGCUGGAGGCGGUGUGGCACGUGCCCUGCGGCGGCGUGCCCUACAGCGACAGCAACACCUGCUUCAUCGCCAACGACUGGCACACGGCGCUGCUGCCGGUGUACCUCCAGGGGCGCGCGCCAUUUGUGGAGUCGGAGCGGCUGGAGCUGAACGACCACUACCGCGAGCAGAUGCGGCUGUACGAUCCCAUCGGCGGGGAGCACAUGAACGUGAUGAAGGCCGGCCUCGUCAACUCACACCGCAUCGUCGCCGUGUCAGACGGCUACGCGUGGGAGUGCCAGACGCAGGAGGGCGGCUGGGGGCUGGACCAGGUGGUGCGGGAGAACAACUGGAAGCUGCGCGGCAUAGUCAACGGCAUCGACUACAAGGAGUGGUCCCCCACAAAUGACCCCCACCUGACCACCGACGGCUACACUCAAUACGACCUCAACACCCUGGUGGAGGGCAAGAGGCAGUGCAAGCGCAGCCCCUCAAUCCCCUGGGACGCAUAG